ACAAAGUUGCCAAAGCCCGGAAGCUCCCGGAGAAAACAAAGUUUCUCAACAGCGGGGAGGGGGCCGCCCGGAGGAGGAGGAGAAAAAAACCCCCAAAACAACAGACCGGUGGAACCUCCAGCGCCCAGCGCAGCCGGCGGACUCCGAGAAGAUGGGCGAUUGAAAGGGAGAAGCGAGGGUGGGGGGGAUCGAACCGACCGACCGACCGAGCAACCAAACCCGGCCGAAGAUCAGCCUCCUCUCCUUUCCAAUCCGGAGGGCGAUGGGCGCCCGACAGCCCCUCCCAGCCAAAAGGAGGGGUGCCCCCUGCCUCAUUCUGCUGGGGCUCCUGCUGGGUGUCAUUCAGGCUGUGGAAAGUAAUUCCUCACGUACGUCUGUUUGCCCAGGUUAUCCCGAUGUCCGGAAAGAACCGCAAGGCCAAAUCCGUAGCCCUUCGGGCCGGGUGAUGACUUCCAGCAGCUGUUCCUGGGUGAUUGUGGGUGGCCCGGACGAUAUCAUCUACAUUGGGUUCCAGCACUUCUUCCUUUCCUGCGGGUCGGAAAUGCUGAUCAUCCGUGCGCCCAAUCAGCCGUCCAGGAAAUUGUGCGGGUACACAACGCCGGAACCGAUUCGCGUAAAGGGCGGCAACGUGACUCUGACGUACAGUUGGAAAUUCUGGGCGAGGAACCGAUUUCAGCUGAAAUACGAGCGAGAACCUAAAACACAGCCUGUUGUGUCCUGCAACCGCACCUUGGACGACUUUUACGGGGUGAUUUAUUCCCCGGCCUUCAUCUCGGACUCAUACCUGGGCGCUGCACAUUGCCAGUGGCUCCUGGAUACUCACGAUAGCCGUCCCCUCAUCCUCCGCUUCACGGUCCUUAACUUAGAUAUCGGGGACUCCCUCCGGGUGUACGACGGUGCGCCCGGCGCGCCACUCCGCCCUCACUUGCUGCGCAACUUGGAUUACACGAGCAACAACAAGAUUGUGUCGGUGGAUUCCCCAUCUAGCCGGGCGUGGGUGGUCUACCAGGCGGUGCCGGGAACAGAAGGACGGGGAUUCAACGCCACGUACCACGUGCAAGGAUUUUGUGUGCCAUGGGAUUUCCCCUGCGGAGGAGACAGCGGUGAGGGUGCCACAUGUUACAGCACCACCGAGCGCUGUGAUGGGAACUGGGAUUGUGCCAAUGGUGCCGACGAGGAUGGUUGCCACGGCUGCCCGCCCGGGCAGUAUGCCUGCGGAGGACGAGGCAUCGGAGGCGCCGUCUGCUACGGUCCCGCCGACCGUUGCAAUUACCAAACGUUUUGUGCGGAUGCCGCUGACGAACGCCGUUGUUACUCCUGCCAGCCCGGGAACUUCCGGUGCAGAGACGGCCGCUGUAUCUACGAGAGCUGGGUGUGCGACGGACAGGCGGAUUGUGUCGAUACCUCAGACGAGGCAGACUGUUCCUACAUCCUCCCCCGCAAGGUGGUGACGGCGGCUGUCAUUGGCAGUCUAGUGUGCGGUCUCCUUCUGGUCAUUGCGCUCGGUUGCACCUGCCGUUUGUAUGCGCUCCGGAGCCAUGAAUUUGGAGUCUUGGCACCUAUGUCACGGAUGGAGGCCCAGUUGGUUCAGCGCCAGGCUCCGCCAUCUUACGGGCAGCUGAUCGCUCGCGGAGUUAUUCCACCAGUAGAAGGGUUCCCGGUUGAACAUCCCAAUCAGAAUUCGGUCCUGGGGAAUUUGCGGUCUCUCCUGCAUAUCUUGCGACGAGACCCAGCUAGCCCUCCGGGGGCUGGCAGAGGGCGUCGUCCUCAUCAAAGCCGCUUUGUACGACGUCUGACGAGGCGCAUGCGCCGAAUGGGGCUACUGCGUCACCCGACCUCCCCUGCUUCAUCUUCUACUGGCGCCUCUAACUCAUCUUCCGCUCCCGCCGACCUCGCUGAGCCGUCUCGCGGGGACGGAGAUGCUUCAUUCCAGCUUCCAGAAAACCAACCGGCGCCUCUUCCCGUCAAGGUCCCACCGACUCCUGCAGAACCCACGCCAGAUCUUCACAUCCCGCGGCCUACUCCACGGUUUGCGGGGGUCAUGAGCAGCCUCCGUGUCCGGCUUUUCUCCUCCACGCCCACCUGUUCCGCGGAAUCUGGGGACAACCGGAACACCUCGCCAUCUCCCAACGAUGAAGACGAAGUGCUUCUAGUCCCUCUCACCGAUCCGCAACUUGACAACUUCGCGAACUGGAACGCCGACGACGAACCUCUUCUGACUUGAGAAAUUUGGCUGGAUGUGGCCUUGAGGAAAUUUUUCACCAGCGAACAGUGGGCAGUCAAGCUUAUUUUUCUUUCCCGCCAAUUCUUCCACGUUUACCCCCCAUCCUGUGUCAGAAAUGAGCAGAAACCUUGGAGAAAAAUCAAUUUUUUU